AGGCACAUAAAACAUAAAGAGUUUUCAGAGAUUUGAAAGUUCUAAAAUAUGUGGCAAAUAAAAGACACAUUCUGUAGAAUUCAUAGUUAUGUUAUUUGUUUGUGUUUGUAGGUUCUUAUAUUUAUAAUGACAUUGAAGUUUUAUUUAGUUUAGUGAUUAGUAAUGUCGAAAAAGAUUGAAAUAAGCACGUCUUCCCUGGUCAGUUUGAAGGCAGAACUUGCACGCAAACAAGAGGAGGUAAAUAGAGCGAAGUCAGAAGCAAAGAACACAUUCGCCAAGCUUCCUUCACAUCCUAAAAAACAGACUGUGUUAACGAGGAAAAAUGCUGGAGUUGACAACAGAAAUGCCACUGACUGUGUGGAGAUCGAGACAGAUGAAGAUGACUUGAAGAAAUCUAGGGCUGCACUAGAAGUUAAGUCUAAGCUGUACGACAGGCUGUCUCGGCAGUCUUCCAGCGCAGAAACAGAUGACAGGCAGUUUCUGGUAGAUUUUGAGCAGAAGUCUCGGGAGGAUAAGCGAUGCAUCGGCUCGGAGGAUCCCGAGGAAGAAGUUGACCAACACUACAGUGACGAUGACGAUGAUUGGGCGGAGUACACGGACUGCCUGGGCCGGACGAGGAGGUGCCUGCGCGAGGACCUGUCCUUCGUGAAGGAGAAGGACGCUAAGCUGGCGGAGAGCCUGGGCCACGGGCCGGGACCGGGCCGAGCGUCCCCCCCCGCGCCGGAGCAGUCCGAGGAGGAGCCGCCCCCCGCCCCCCAGCCGGAGCUCUCGUCGGCGGCGGCCGCCAAGCGCGAGGAGAUGCGUCGCCGCUGGGAGGAGCAGGAGCUGCGACUGCGCGACAAGACGGACGUGCACUACCAGGACGUGCUCUUCGACGAGGCGCGCGCGCACGGGGUGGGCUACUACGGCUUCUCGGGCGACGAGGCGGAGCGGCGCGCGCAGCAGGAGGCGCUGGCGCGGCUGCGGCAGGAGACGGCCGCCAGGCAGCAGCACGCGCGCCAGCAGCGCCUCGCCAGGCAGCGCCAGCUGGCGGAGCGCCUGGCCGCCGCGCGCAGCCGCCAGAGGGCGCGCCUGGGGCUCCCGCCGCUCCCGCCAGAGCCAGAGAAACAAUCUCCGGGAGAAGAAGAAGGGGAAGAAGAAGAGGUGGAUGGGCCUGAGACGGCAGAGACGCAGCCGCCAGAAGAAACUCCAGAGAAAAGUGCAGAGCCCCCGAAGAAAGUUCCCAGGGUGAGGCCCUGGGACAUCGGAAAACUGGGUGUUCCCACAGAGCGUCAAGUAUUGUCGCAGGAAGAAUGGGUCAAAGAGCGUCGCGGUGACCGGCAGCAAGAGUUCGCCCCUCCACCCUCGUACUCGGAAGAGAUGGCUCCUCGAGGCAGGUCGCACGAGACGGCAAAGAAAUGGGGCAGGAGCUCGCUGUUCCCGAAGAAACAGCCGGACAGCGAAUCUGAUGUCGGCCAAGGUCAGCAUGACGAUGGCGACAGGGACGAGACGGCCCCGCCGUCGGCGUACGUGGAGGACGUGGAGCUUCUGGGCCCACAGCCGACCAUGUUCUUCACUACCAAGCGCCAGAAGGUGCCGCAGAAGGUGGGUGCCCCCGGUGGCAGCUCUGUCCAACAAGAGGCACUGCCAAGGUCUGAUAUCAAGGCAGCUCCACCGCCGGCACACAUGGAGGACAUGGAGGUUCUGGGCCCUGAGCCGACCAUGUUCUUCACCACCAAACGACAGAAGAUGCCCCAGAAAGAGACCGCUGUGGGUGUCCCUGGUGGCAGCUUCGAGCGUAAAGAGGCGCCGCCUAAGUCUGGAAUCGAGGCAGCCCCGCCGCCGGCAUACCUGGAGGACAUGGAGCUUCUGGGCCCUGAGCCGACCAUGUUCUUCACCACCAAACGACAGAAGAUGCCCCAGAAAGAAACCACCCCUGUUGGCAGCUUCGAGCAGAAGGAGGCGCCCCCUAAGUCUGGCGUAGAGAUAGCCCCGCCGCCGACAUACGAGUACUACGGCCCGACGCCGUCCACCUUGAGGCGAGACAUGAACAAGCAGGACAUGGAGAAGGCCAUCGUCGCUGGGCUGAAGUACCUGCGGCAGCACGCCGAGGACAAGGAGGCGCAGCCCGAGAAAGGGAUGCUUCCUAUUGUCUAGGGACAGAAAAAUGUUUAAGAAUAAAUUAUGUUUUCUAUCCCACCAUAGUGUUAAAAUAUGUUUUUCUCUCUCUCGCUCGCUUUCGCAAAACUGACAGGUUGAACUGAACUAUAACUUCGUGUAAAAUGCAAAAGCAGUUUGUGUUUUUAAAAAUAACCAGAUGCAAAAAAAAUAUGCAAUAAUGUCCCAAUAUUCUUAUCCAUGUGUAAAUUGAGAAAUAAAUUAUGUUUUACCUAUGUGGUGUGGUAAAUAUAACAACUUACAUUAAAACAUUUAAAGCCCCCAGUAUUCCUAAAGCAAUAUAUAUUAUGUAGGUAACUAUAAAGUUAGUACUUUCUCUAAUAUUAGUGCCUUAUUUAGGUCUUUUUUUCCUAACCCUACUAAUACUACACUUUUUUUUUGGAAGAGGUCUGGAUUAUAGAAGACAUUAAGGCCGGUAUUCCAGAACACAAAAAUAAGUGUUUAGGUGUUUAAUGUUCUAAAUCUGUACCCUAACCGUAUUCCUAGAGUAUGAUAGAAAACGGCUAGACCUUUAGGUAUUUUUAGCGAACAGAUUUUGGUGACCUGACCAUUGCCAAUCUGUUGCCAAAAUUCCGCACAUGCACAUAGCUUACUUUUUCGUUGAUUUCGUUCAGAUGGCGGAACCGCAUCUGGCAUCAUUAACUCGUACAUGUUCAAUUUCGUGAAUAUCGAGGGACAUAUCAAAGUAUUGGUGUGCCAAAUGAAACUUUAUGAUAGUGAAACUAUGAUGAAAUACAUUUCGUACACUAAUGAUCAUAACAAGAAAUAAUUGCUACUUUAAAAGUACUUGAUACAAUUUAAAUACAACAAUUUAAUUAGUGUGAUGGUGCUGCUAUAUCUAGAAUUGUUGCCAUAAAAUUUGUAUCGAUGGUGUACACAAAUCCACUAGAAUGCAUUGGAACCAGUUGCUAAACUCGCGCAGGACACUGAUUAUUAAUACUGUUGCAUUUCUGUUACCUUCCUGGGAUUCGGUUUGGACUUGUUCUGGAAUACGAUUGUAUCCCAAAAAGGUAGUGCGUAUUCGCUACCUUACCCGAAAGUCUUGGAGCCACCUCAGUUUGCCAUCAACCAACAGAGGGGCUAGAUGUGUUUCGCACCAUGUAGCCUUUAAUUUUUUGUGUUUCACCGAUCAAAACAGCAAUAGUUAGUCUUCUUUAAUCUUUAAUUUUCAGGCUCCACGACUAACCACACAGCUGACCCGAACUCGCCAGCUACAUAAUGUAAUUUAUUCGUGCUCUGUUUAGGGGUUUUUAAUGUUAUAUGCAAUUCGUCUGCCCUGUCGACAGACACAUUCCAAGCUUCACUAAUAGUCAAAGUGUCACAAAACUUUUCUCAGCUUCGCCCACACAGGGCCGCCUGCUCGACGAUCAGUGCAAUAACGUUUUUUUUAGUUAAGGCCUACAGACUUUCGGGGACCCUAUCCUUGUUCGAUACACAUGCUUGUUAGUGCCUAAUAGCCAUCAGCUUUCAGACAUUUUAUAGUGUCAGUGGAGUGCAUGUUCACAUUCCAUGGGCAUGUACCAUGACAUUGUUUUGUAGUGUAAUGUAAUGUUAAAGUGAAAAUUCGUGUAGAAUGUCAACCAAUCGUCAUGCAGCCAAUAGCCUUCGGUUUCCAGUGUUAUGUAUUGCCAUCAGCAUACCAGGUACUUUGUUUUGAGCAUAUUACCACAUAGCAAUAUAAGAAAAUGUCAACUUAGAAUGCAAACUUGUAGAACAUGCUAGUCCACCAUAAUGAAGUCAAUCGUAUAAUGCACAUCACAGCCAUGAGAUGCAGUACAUGUUGUAACAAGCAUGCACUACAGGACUGGGGUAGCCCAUGUAUAAAAACAGCACAUGUACAUGCACUCUGUUAAUAAUAAAAUUGCAUCUUGCCCAA